AUGGUAGGCGGUGUUAGGCGGGGAUGUUUAGAACAUUGGUAUGGAGUGAGCACAGUGGUUGCCAAAGUGUCAAGAAUUGAUUGGCUGACGAAUGUCGUUGGCUUGGUUGACCCCAAUUAUUGGCGAAGAACUCUCAAUCCUCGACUUGUACUCAAUUGGUAUUUGAAGAGGGUGGAUGAUGCCGUACAAGAGGCCAAGGAGUUCUCACAAGGUGGGACUUUAUCCUUCAUUGGACACUCAGCAGGAGGAUGGCUUGCACGUCUUUACAAGGAAGAAUUCGGGUUUUCCGAUAUUUCGUUGUUAUCGACUCUUGGAACCCCGCACCUGGCACUACCAAAUGGUGUGUCGGGGGUCAUUGAUCAAACGAGGGGUCUUCUAGAUUAUGUUAUGUUGAUGUUAUGUCCUCGGCAUGUCUUGCAAGCCAAGCGUCAAGGCUGGAUGCUGAAUGCCGAUAAUGAGAUUAUCGUUUUGUUUCAGGUCUGUGGGCAGGCUGAUGUUUGGGGAGACGAGUUGUACCAGAAGCAUCAUGGAGGGUGCCCUCAACAUUAGCUUCGACGGUGUUUACCACUCUCCGGUUGGUUCAGAUGAUACGUUGACGCCAUGGUACGGGUCUCCCGCUAUUGUAGAGCAAUGGAUGCAUCAUCUCCUUAACUAAGGAUUUCCGAGCUACUGUAAUGAGAACAGCAGAUACUGUUAUUAAUAGUACUUGUCACUCCUGGUCUUGCUCUGCCAACGAUCCGUGGGAAGGCAGAGAGGUCUUGGGAUUUCGGUAUGGAUUCUGUCUAAUGGAGAAUUUCUGUGCAAUGGUGGGCGUGGCGGAGGAAGAGGGAGGUCGCCAACGAACCACCCAUGUUCAUGCGCCGGCCAUCACCGUGUGCUUGGCAUAAGCAUCAUGAAAUUCCGGCCGCAAUUGUAGAGGAGAAAAAUUAGUACGAUGUACAUGGAAACCAUUUCCUUGAAAAAUGGCACCACUUCUGUCAUUCCAAAUGGACCAACAUAAGAUAACAAAAACUUGAUCCCA